AUGACCGACCCAGUGCGCCGUGACCCGACGGAGUUUCUUCGCGUCCUCCGUCGCAUGUCAAGAACGACGUCGUGGCAAAAGACACUGUUGUUUGCGUCAAAGGGGCGUAUGGUUGGCUACCGGUUGACACGCGAGCAUUACAACACCAUCCUCUAUUCUCAGUCUCUGUGGGGACGGGCACUGGAAAUUGUGCGGGUGAUUCGCGCAAUGCAGGAGGAUCGAGUUCAGCCCAAUGGUGCGACGUAUUAUUACAUUGUGAACGGCAUGGCGAAUGCGGACCAUGGUUGGAAUUAUGAUUUCAAAAUCAAUCAUCGAUUAGAAAAGAUACAACACUGGCGCGUUGCCCUGGAGGCAUUGAAUGCGUGUGAGGAGAAUGGCUUUGACUCCACAGACACCAUGCAUAAUUCGGCGCUUAUUACAAUGGUGAUACCUGGGUUUAAUAAAUGGAAAGAAGCGAGUCGUUUACUUGAAAAAAUAUUGCGUGAGGAUCGGCGCAUGCACCCGACAAUGGUGAAAUUUUACCAUGACUGUCUUAUUCGCAAUAUGCGACCACGCGAGGCGAGUCAUCUCAUCCGCCUAGCCGCAGAGCAGGGAGUACAGGGCUACGAGGACAAGUGGGAGGCAGAUGUUUACAAGGGGCGACCGCAUGACAGUGAAUUUAAGGAAACAUCGUCCGUUGAGAAACGGGCCCAAGACGUUGCCUACACCUUUGCAGCGCUGCAACUGCGUGGGGAUCAAAAGCUUCCAGCGGAGGAACUGCAGGCAUUGCUGGAAGAGGAGACUGUACGCAACAUUGCAGCAGAGCGUUCUGUGCCAGUCCCGUACUCUGCCGGUUUACAUCCAACGGAAAUGAACAGUGUUUUCCGCCCCCGUGUGUACCGGCAGUUGUGGUACAAGUGGCAGCAUAUAGCCAACCGAUACCGUCCUACAAUGGCGUUGAAACGCCGUCAGUUGGCUCCGAGGGACUCUCCAACUGGAAUUCCAGGCUUCAACCGCAUCUAA